AUGAAUUCAACAUUUGAUGUACAAGAUGAUUAUGAAAAAGUUAGAAUAUCAAAAAAGGAAUUGAAAUUCCUAUAUAAUAAUAUAUUAAAUUCAACAAUAACAAAAUUAGAUUUACAUUUACCAACAACAAAAGAAGAUCCAUUAAAAACCAAGAUAUAUUUAGAUAUUGAAAAUUAUUUAUUAAAAUCUUUUCAAAAUUUAUUAAAAAGUUUACUUAUAGAUGGAGAAGAUUUAAGUAAUGAAGAUAUUAUUACAAUUUUAAAAGUUGAUGAUAAUGAUACAAAUGUUGAACCAUUUGAUUAUAAUAUAAAUGAUCAAUUAAGAACAAUAUUAAAUGAAUAUGAUAAUUUGGUAUUAGAUUUGGGAGAACUAAAGAGAACAUUACCUAAAAGAGCUCAAGAUAAAUAUUUUAAAUUAGUUUCUAAAAUUGAUGAAGAAGUUAGUGAAACUAUAAAUAAUAUAAAUAAAGAAGUUGAAGAAGCUAAGUUAAAACAAGAAGGCGAUAAAGAAUUUGUUGAAAUUAAUUUUAAUGAAUUUAAUAAAGAAUAUUAUGAUUAUUUAUUAAGAUUUGAUCAAAUUAAUUCAAAAUUACCAAAUUUAAAAAUGGAAUUUGAUAGAUUUAAUAAAGCUAUUGAAUUUUUAGAAAAAAAUUCAUCUUUAUGA